CACUUGCGGAAACUCGUGCAAGAAGGAAGUAAUCGUCCAACCAAAGCCAGUUGUCGUUGAUUGUUUCCUUUCCUAAUAAGAAUUGUUACCUACGUGUAGAGAGACGUCGUGAUUCGGUCACAAAUCUGACUCAGAAUUCAAAGAUGACGCAGGAAAACAUUUUCCUCUUCGUUCCUAAUUUGAUCGGUUAUGCCCGCAUUGUGUUGGCCUUCCUGUCUUUUUACCUGAUGCCCUGCUGCCCAUGGCCGGCGGUCUUCUGCUACCUGCUCAGUGCUCUGCUCGAUGCUUUUGACGGCCACGCUGCACGGGCUCUGAAUCAAUCCACCAAGUUUGGAGCCAUGCUGGACAUGCUGACAGACCGCUGCGCUACCAUGUGUCUGCUGGUGAAUCUGUGUCUCCUCUACCCCUCAUACACCUUUCUGUUCCAGCUUAGUAUGUGUCUGGACAUCGCCAGCCACUGGCUACACCUGCACAGCUCUACAGUUAAGGGCUCAGCCAGUCACAAAGCCAUCGACCUGUCCGGCAACCCAAUCCUUCGAAUCUACUACACAUCAAAGCCGGUGUUGUUUGUGAUGUGUGCUGGGAAUGAGCUGUUCUUUUGCCUGCUCUAUGUCCUUCAUCACAUCCAGGAACCUGCUGCCUGGAUCUACUGGCUGCAGGGCCUCUGUGGAACAAUCUGCCUGCUGAAGUCCGGCAUCAGUGUCCUACACCUUAUCUCUGCCUCGCAGAACAUGGCUGCCCUGGAUGCCAGUGAACGAGAGAAGGCCAUGAAGCGACAGUGACAGGUCAGGGGGACUCGGUCAGCUGAGACCUGAUUGAUGAAUCCACCAUGGUUAUGUUUAUUUUUUUGUAAAGGGAUUUGUGUAAAGGGAGUUUGUGGACCAUUGAGUUGAAGACUGAACAUCACAAAGUAAAGAAAAGAAUGACCAAAACUACCAAGCUUUCCUAUUCCGAAUCGAAGAAGUAGAAAAAUGACCAUUUCCUUUAGUUUAUUUUCUCUGACUCAUUUCACAAACAGUGACACUAUAACAUGGUUCAAAUUGUGAUAGAGCUUAACUUGCAAAGAUGUUGCUUUACUACAAAAACUAUAUCUGAAUAUAAAUGAAUGUAUGCCAGUAAAAUUAGAUUUUACCCAUAUUGCUUAAAGCUGGAUAAAUUUAUGGAGAUGGUUGCUGCUUUUGUGCCUCUUAACAAAUUGAAGACUUCUUCAGUAUGUUUGCCAGAUGUUCCUCGAGCUGAAGAGGAAAAAAUUAGUCUACUUUCUCACCUAAAAUGUAACUAUUUUCAGGUCAUAAAAAGUUAAGAUAGAUGGAACAACCAACUAAUAAAUCAAAAGAAAUUAUGAAAAUAUUUAUUGGGUAAGCGCAAAUCUUAUUGUUUCCAUAGUCUUUAUGGAAGUACAAAAGAGACCCUACACUAUCCAGUUUGUGGCACACAAUUUCACGAUCUGUUGGCUUUAGUAUCAUAAAGUUGUUUACUAUAACUGUCCUAUAGUAAAAAAUACAAUACAAUCACAGUAUGUUUGAGCUCUAGUUUUUUUUUUUUUUUUUUUUACAAAAAAGAUUGACUCAGUGAAGCCUGGUGUAUUGAACUAUUGUUUGUAGUCUUAAAUAUUAUUCAUUAAUGUCUGUUAUCUGGAUCAGAUGCUCUGCAAUCAAAUGGCCCAUUUGAAAAAGGUUUGAUCUGUAAAACAUUUUCAAAAACCUAAUCUUUCCUUAUUCAUAUUUUCCUGUUUGUAUAUGACAAAUAAAUUCAAAUUACAUCCCUGAAACGAUGGCUUAGACCAAUAUAAAUGAAGCAAUGCAGAUGCUUCUUUACUAAGCAAUUGACAGGAAGUAUGUUGAUACAUUCUACUUUUGUGACCUCUUCACAGCCCCUCGUCCUGCUGUUGCCAAUGUUCACAGGCUGAUGUCCCUGUUGAUAUCUUGAUGUCGAUCAGAUGAUACUUAUUUAAAAUUUCUUGAUAUUCUUUAAAGGUGGUAGGAGUGUUUUUUUAUCUACUUAGAAACAGUUAUGAAAGUUGUAAUUCACAUGAGGAGUACCAAGUAUUAAAGUUAAGUCGAUGAACUGUGUGCUGCUAUAUUAGAUGAAAUGUAAAAUGUUUUAUUGCAGAAUGUGUUGAAAUAUAAAUAUUUACUUUGUUUUGGAAGGAACUCAUGUUCUAGAAUGUGAUCUUAAAAAGUACAAUGUUAUAUUUAAACUAUAUGUAAACUGGUAUUUUAGUUAAGAUAGAGAUUAAUAGUGGAUGAAGUGUUCACAUUGUUUGAAUUCACUUUAAAAGUAUCUGCAAAAUAAAUACAAUGAACAAUUGAA